UGCACAAUGGGAGGAGUAAAAGUAAGAGAGGAAACAACGUCUAAGUUAAAACUGGUCAAGGAGCCAAGUUUACAAUCAUUUAGUGUUGUCAUUGCAUUUAUGGCAUGUGGAUAUGGGGCUGCUAUUUACAGUGAAGAUUCGGCCCUGUGGAAGGUGGUGUAUGUAAUUGGUGGUCUGUUUGUGGGUUUAGCAUGUAUUGAGGACUGGGAGUAUUGUGAGUUUGAUCUGUCUACAAAUGAACUACGCCAAACUCGUUACACAGUUUAUGACAAAAUUCUACAGUUUUUAACGACUAAAAAUGACCAUAUUGUUGUAACAAGCCUGUCUGACAUCGUCGAUGUUGAAGUGGAAGAGCAAUAUGUACGGUACUUUGGCAAUACAUAUCAAACUGUGAUAGUAUACGACACAGGAAUACGGAUUGGAGUGACAGAGUCUUUCAUUUAUGGCAACAAAAAAGACCAGGAAGCAAUUGCAGAAAAAAUAAAGACAUUCCUAAAGCUUGAUCAACCAGAUGUAACUGAAACCUCCUCUAGUGGGGAGGAGGACUUUGAGCAUGUGGACCCAGAGGAACUGAAGGAUGACCAAGAGAGGCCACUAUAGAGGGGAUUCCAGCACGUUUACAGAGUUCCUAAUUCAGAAGUCUUCUACUUAAUAUAUACCAAGGAGAAACAUGCCA